GGGAUCCCAGAAUCUCUCUCUUUGGUGUCGAAGAAUCCGUGCUGGGUCUUGAGGGCAACUUCAGUCUUGCAUUGGGGCAUGCCAUGGGUCCACAUUGGUCCAGCAUUGCUCGCAGGCCAAUCGUGAACGCGUAAGCGAACUGGUUGUGGCCUUGCUUUGCGGACCUACCCCGAUAGUUUCACUACAUGAUCAGUCCAGGUUCAUGUUCAUGCAGCUAGCUAGCAAUUGCAUGCACAACCCCGCCAUCUGUCGAUGGCGUGCAUUGAUCUUGGCUCGAGCCGUCAACAGCCCUGUUGGAGCAUAGUCCAGCCGACGAGAAGGAACAGCUGCGGCGAUGCUCCGCACUGUUGUGCGCGCCUGCCGACCAGCGGCUCUGCGGGGCGUCACUACGCCAGUGGUCGCGCAGGACCUUUCCCUGAUGGUGAUCUGUUCGCUAUGAAGCCUGCGCUGCUCGUCCGAUCGAAGAGAAGCUCUCCAGCAAGCGCGCUUCGCGACGACCAUUAAGAUCAUGGACGAGAAGGCCAAGGCCUGCGAGAACUUGUACUGGGCCGCGGAAGAUGAGCGCCUCUUGAAGAAGAUGCUCGAGUCGCACCCGGAGCUCGACCCCAAGUACCAGGGCAUUUCGGCGAUCCUGGACGAAGGCGACAUCUCGUACAAGGUGAAGAUGAUCUUUAUGAAGCACGGCAUCCCUCCGGUUAACAAGGAAUCGUGCAAUUCGUUCAUUAGAGCUAGUUUGGUACCCGUUCAUCAGCCCGCGACAACUUGAUUCAGCGCUCGAUGUCAUGUGCACUAUGCAUGGUUCUGAUGGUUUUGGUCGAUCAACCUUGGAUUCGAUGAGGUUCGGCUAUCUUUGGUUUGCACGUCUUAUGGCGCCCUGUCUUGGUUUGCCUGUGUUUGACGACCGCUCUGUCUUUGUGCGUGUAUUUCCUUGCGCAGACGUGUUUAGAUUCCUUGUAUGUGGACUCUAGGUAGGUUUGGUAGGAUCAACGGGUAUUGAGCCUUGCCCCCUUUCCCUCCCCCCUCCCUCUCAGGAAAAUCUGUCGGGAGUACAGUGCAGCAGUGGGACAAGCAGUAGUUGCGCGG